AUGCAGACCAGAUCAGCCAUGACUUGCCUCUUUUAUGGCCGUUGCCGGUUUGAGUUCGUGCUCGGGCAGCUCAGCAGGGGACCACGCUCACCAGUGAUCCAGCACGAGGAUGUGUUGGCCAAGCAAUUUCAGAUACUUCACGACGAUCUGGCACUGGCACUGGCACUGGCAGAGGAGGUUGCAAAUCCACGUAUUCGUGUCUCCUUGUGCCGCAAAUGUUACCAGCUUGCGGUGGACGAGCACCACCUGGAGACGUUCCUCAGACACUUCCCAUCUCCCCGUGCACAUGGUGAGGUUUAA